AUGUCAGCAUACAACCCAGUAUUUCGAGAAAACAAAAAUCAAAAAAGUAUCAAUCAGAGGAAUAAAAGUAUGAGUAAGGGCGUGUACAUAGCCAUAACGCUGGCUGUUUUGGCCUUUGGUGGAAACUGGUACUGGAAUAAAUUAAAUAAAAGAGCUCGGGUUGAACGUGCUUGGCAAGAAAUAAGUGGUCCAGACACAAUUCAGAAACACCAAGAACAUUCCAAGACAUUUAAUACAGCUCAAGUAAUUAAGGUUACACCAAAGAUUUAUUGUGCUAUAGGAUAUGCUCUGGCCAACUCUAUUAUGAUAGUUGGUACAGAUGGUGUUGUCAUUGUUGAUGUAACAGAAAGUGUCACUUCUGGUAAAGAAGUACUUAAAGCUUUCAAGAAAAUAACCAAGAAACCUAUAAAGGCAAUCAUAUACACGCAUAAUCAUGCUGAUCAUACAUUCGGAGCAUCGGCUUUUAUUGAAGAUCCCAAGAAAAUGCCAGAGAUAUGGGCACAUAACGACAUAAUCAGACAAUUUCAACGAGUAUUUUAUACGCACCAGGCGUUUAUGAAAAGAGCUAUGAGACAGUUUGGAGCCCUUCUUACUAAUACAAUUAAUGCUGGAAUUGGUUCCCACCUACGUCUCAAUAGCCAUGAUUCAAGUAUUGGAAUCGUCUAUCCUAACAAAUUAUUUAUGGGUAAAGAAAGAGACAUUAUGGUGGCAGGUCUGAAAUUAAAAUUGGUUCACAUCCCUGGAGAGACAGCUGAUCAAAUCGGAGUGUGGGUCGAGGACCAAAAAACCUUUUUAUGUGCAGACGAUAUAUACAAAGCCUUCCCAAACCUAUAUGCUAUUCGUGGUACCCCAGCAAGGGAUCUGUUGGAUUGGACCUCAUCAAUUGACACGAUGAUAGCUUUGGAACCAGAGCAUCUUGUACCUAGUCAUACCAGACCUAUGAAAGGUGGUAAAUACAUUAAAGACUUAUUAACGACGUAUAGAGACGCUAUCCAGUUCAUACAUGAUCAAACAAUUCGCUUAACCAACAAAGGUUAUCAUCCGGACGAGAUAGCAACAUUAAUCAAGCUUCCUAAAAAGAUGGCAUCGUUAUCGUACCUUCAGCAAUUCUACGGUACCGUGGAAUGGUCAGCAAAGGGUGUUUAUAACACGUAUAUGGGUUGGUUUAGUGGUGAUGCUACCGAAUUGUUUCCCUUGACACCUGAUGAGGAAGCUACCCGUAUGGCCAAAUUGGUAGGUGGCGCCAAUGUCUUAGCUGCUCAAGCUAAAGAUGCCUCUAAAAAGGGAGAUCACCAAUGGGCCUUGCAGUUAAGCUCGUACGCUUUGAGAGUAGAUCCGGAUGAUGUUCUUGCUAAAGAUGUCAAAGUGAAAUCGUUGAUGUCUCUUGGAAGACGUCAGAUUAGUGCCAAUGGGAGGAAUUAUUACUUUACCAGCGCAAUGGAGGAAUUAGGGGAGGUCAACAAUGAAGUUGGUGAUGAACAACGAGCAAUGUUUAUACAAAACGUUCCCAUUCUAAAUCUAUUCAACAUGUUACGAGUAAAAUUUAUUCCCGAAUCUUGUGAUCAUUUGUAUUUAACUGUUUUAUUUGUAUUCAAAGACACCAAUCAAUUUAUACGAGUACAAGUGAGAAAUGCUAUAGUAUUGAUACACGAUAAACCGUCUAAAACUUACGAUAUAAAGGUACAAACAACAGAGAGUAUAUGGAGGCAGGUUUUAAGUAGUAGAUUUUCAGCAUUAUCAUCAAUGGCUAGUGGAGAGCUGUCCGUUGAAGGUGGAAUGUUAAAAUUUAAAGAAUUUAUGGGCUGUUUUGAAGCUAGCUAAAUCAUUAUUUUAAAUCACCUUUUCAUAUACAUGUAUAUAUUACAUUUAUAUUUUAGUUGCCUACUUUCGAAACAGUGAUCUUUAUGCAAAAUUAUUCCUUUGGCUGUACUGGAGUACAAAAGCCCAAAAAUUCAAGUUAAGUUUUUAAUUCGUCGAAAAAAAUAAAAGCCGGGAAAGCAAUCUAUUUGGCGGGGUGGAAUCAUAUAACUGACAUUUCUUUUCUUCAAUACGUCAGCAUAUUGGAAAGGUUAUAAGGUUUUUUAUUGUAUUCUGAUGUCUUCUCAAAUGGUUAGCUUUGAUUUAUUCUUGAUUUAAUACUGGCAACUUCCUGGUUGCAUUAUAAUAGAUAUUUCAGGAACCGUUUGUUUCACAAUCCUGUAUAAACUAUUCGCUAACACGACUUAUUGUGUGCCAAGUGUGCAGCUAAAUAUCCGACCUUACAAAUGUCACUGCUUUCAGCACUUUCAUUUAAGUGAAAUGAAAUAAUUUGUGUGGUUAUACGUAGGCUACUAUUUUAUGCUCGAGUUUAUAUUAAGGAAGAGAUGUAUGAAAUGAGGAAAUUUAGAAAGGAAAGGCGGUAUCUUAAACUAUUUUUCGCUGUCCGACUGGUGUUGGAUCGUUCACAUGUAUAUGGAGCAUAGGUUUAUUGUUACAUUCGAACCACUAGUUGGAUUUCCCAUAUUAGCUUUCUCUGAACUCUUUGUGGUCAUUUAGGGCCAGUUUUUCAAAAACUUUAUAAAUAUAAAAUCAAGACUAUUGUAAAUUGUUGACCAAUAAGAUUACUCAAACUGAAAGACUAUCUUAUGUUUUCGUAAAAAUCACUCAUAUCUAUUCAAGUAGUCUUAUGUUUUCUAAAUAUUUUGUCACUUUUUUCAUUAACUUUAUAAUUGUUUGAUUUCGAUGUAAAUGAUUCUAUAUAUUUGUAAUUCUAAAGUUUUAUAAAGUUUAUUUUCCAAAUCU